CGCGCUCCCCGCAGGCCCCGCCGGGACCCCGAUGUGAGCGGCGGGCGGGCACGGGCGGCCCGGGCACCGCCACCCGCCGGGGCUCCGCGGGAAGAUGACAUCGCGGAGAUGGUUUCAUCCAAAUAUUACUGGGGUGGAGGCAGAAAACCUGCUGUUAACAAGAGGGGUGGAUGGCAGCUUCCUGGCACGGCCCAGCAAAAGUAACCCAGGAGACUUUACCCUCUCUGUCAGACGAACUGGAGCCGUGACCCACAUCAAGAUCCAGAACACAGGGGACUACUAUGACCUGUACGGGGGAGAGAAGUUUGCCACGCUGGCUGAGCUGGUCCAGUACUACAUGGAACACCAUGGGCAGCUCAAGGAGAAGAAUGGAGAUGUCAUAGAGUUGAAAUAUCCACUGAAUUGUGCUGAUCCUACAUCAGAAAGGUGGUUUCAUGGACAUCUCUCUGGAAGAGAAGCUGAAAAGCUCUUAACAGAGAAAGGAAAACAUGGAAGUUUCCUUGUGCGGGAGAGCCAGAGCCACCCUGGGGACUUUGUCCUCUCUGUGAGGACAGGAGAUGAUAAAGGAGAGAGCAAUGAUGGCAAAUCCAAGGUGACACAUGUCAUGAUCCACUGCCAGGAGCUGAAAUACGACGUUGGUGGAGGGGAGAAGUUCGACUCUCUGACAGACCUGGUGGAACAUUACAAGAAGAACCCCAUGGUGGAGACUUUGGGCACAGUGUUGCAGCUCAAACAGCCCCUGAACACGACCCGAAUUAACGCUGCCGAGAUCGAGAGCCGCGUGCGGGAGCUCAGCAAACUGGCCGAGACCACGGACAAAGUCAAGCAGGGCUUCUGGGAGGAGUUUGAGACUCUGCAGCAGCAGGAAUGCAAACUCCUCUACAGCCGUAAGGAAGGGCAGCGCCAGGAGAACAAGAACAAAAAUAGAUACAAAAACAUCCUACCCUUUGAUCACACCAGAGUUGUUCUCCACGAUGGGGAUCCCAAUGAACCUGUUUCAGACUAUAUCAAUGCUAAUAUUAUUAUGCCUGAGUUUGAAACCAAGUGCAACAACUCAAAGCCAAAAAAAAGCUACAUUGCUACUCAAGGUUGCCUACAGAACACAGUGAAUGAUUUCUGGAGAAUGGUGUUCCAGGAGAAUUCCAGAGUUAUUGUUAUGACCACAAAAGAAGUGGAAAGAGGAAAGAGUAAAUGUGUCAAGUACUGGCCUGAUGAAUAUUCCCUGAAGGAAUACGGGGUGAUGCGUGUCCGGAAUGUUAAGGAGAGCGCAGCACAUGAUUACACGCUAAGAGAACUUAAACUUUCUAAGGUUGGGCAGGGGAACACGGAGAGAACAGUCUGGCAGUACCACUUCAGGACCUGGCCCGACCACGGCGUUCCCAGUGAUCCUGGCGGUGUCCUGGACUUCCUGGAGGAGGUGCACCACAAGCAGGAGAGCAUUCCUGAUGCCGGGCCAGUCGUGGUCCACUGCAGUGCUGGGAUUGGACGAACAGGAACGUUCAUUGUGAUUGAUAUUCUUAUUGACAUCAUCAGAGAAAAAGGUGUGGACUGUGAUAUUGAUGUUCCAAAGACCAUCCAGAUGGUGAGAUCCCAGAGGUCAGGAAUGGUGCAGACAGAGGCCCAGUACAGGUUUAUUUACAUGGCAGUGCAGCACUACAUCGAAACCCUCCAGCGCAGGAUCGAGGAGGAGCAGAAGAGCAAGAGGAAAGGUCACGAGUACACAAACAUUAAAUAUUCUUUAUCGGACCAGACGAGUGGGGAUCAGAGCCCUCUCCCACCCUGCACCCCGACCCCAACCUGUCCAGAAAUGAGAGAAGAUAGUGCUAGAGUAUAUGAAAAUGUGGGGCUGAUGCAACAGCAGAAGAGUUUCAGAUGAGAAGAUGUUCAGAGCCUCCCAUGCCAAGGCAGAAAUUAAUCUGGUUUUUAAAAAGGUCAAGAAAGAGAUGGAAGAAGCUUCACAUGAACAGUGAACUCUGAGGGCUUGGUACCUUUUUAUUUACGGUUUUAAUCCUUCAACAGUAGGCAAAACUUCAGACCAUCUAAAGAUUGGUUUUUAUCUCUUCUCUCCAAUACCUGAUUUGCUCGUUUUCCAAAUAAAAGGAAAUCCCUUCUACAAUGUAGACAGCUACUUUGUAGAAUCAGUUUUGAAUCCUGCAAACUGUUGGACUGUCAUCCAUGUGUUUUUUAAAUAGUAUUUUUGUUUCACAGUAUGGUUAUUAGUGGGGUUUUUUUUCCUUAUUUGAGCAGUUGUGGGGUUUUUUGGGGGGGGAGGGGCUGGGGGGGGUGGGUGAGGGGAGAGCAAUGACGUGGAUAAAUCCGUUACACUAAUGUAAAAUAUUGAUGGGAACAAUACUUGAUUGUUGGGAAACAGUGGAUCACCAGCGGGAAUGAAUCAACUGCAUGAUCAAAUUAGUCCUGAUACAUUUCAAACUCAGACUGAGCUUCCUGGGGUGAGCAGUUAUUGAUAUGAAGGUGCUUUUUGUGAUAACUGGUGGCUUGAUUCUGACUUAGCUGAGUGGCUGGAUGGGCUGUUUUUGAGUAAUUCUUGCUUUUACAUCAAAAUUUCUUUUCCAUGAUCUCUCCACCCAGAGUAGAAAGUUGCUGUUUCUCUCAGGAGACCUGAGUGGUUUGUGAGGACACUGUCUGUGUUAAUUAGUCUGUGUUCAUCUAUUAAACAAGAGACUGAACUUGUAGAGUUAAGAUAGUUUAAAAAGUUGCAUGAUGAUACCUUGGCAGCACAUUAAACCAGUGAAACCAGUAACCCAGUGUUCCCUUGGGGUCAGUACCCCCUUCCCUUCUGCAGGGGAGGUGGGAGCUGGGCAGCCUUCUGGAUUUUUAGGAAGGCUUUGUGCUGGUUUAAAAGGCUAAACUGCAGUUGUGUGGGGAAGGCAGUGCACGGAAGAAUCCUCUGGAAUUGCCUUAGUGGGACAGGGCAGCAGGAACAGCAGCGAGGCCACGCCGGGUGUCACCAGGCAGGACUUUGUCACCCUCCCACCCCAAGUGCCUUUUGGAGCUGCCUGGAACUUGCUGUCCCCAUUAAAAAUCACGUUAAUCUGAAACCACUUCUGAUUGUCAAUGAGCCAAAAGCCUCUUUAGAGACUCCAGAAGGAAGGUCUGCUGAGCUGCCACUUGUUUGGGUUCCUUCACUUCGCCCUGUCCAGUUCCCUGGACCAGCAGUCCCCUUGGAACCCAAGGAGUGGGGACUGGUGUGUCACCAGCACCUUUCCCAUGGUUUUGGGGGAGUUCUGUGACUUUAGGGGUGUUCAGGAAUGAUUUCCAUUUCCAUGCACAGGGUGACACUGCACAAACUGCUGUGUGCAGGGAAACAGGGCCGAUGGAAUUGUGUUAUUGGCCUUCCUGGCGGAAUUCUGCUGAAGCCUGGAAUGUAAUUAAUACAGCUUUGUGAAAGGUUAAGUGUGAGAUUACAUUACCUUUUCCUGAGAGUGCUUUGCAAAUUCAAAUAUUUGAACAGUUUGUUUGAACUGAAUGAAGGUGCUUCGUUAAUGUUAAGCAGAAUUUUGUUACUUUGCCUCUUGUCCUUUUUGUCUUUCGGGGCUUUGGGAUUUAUUUUUGGAACUCCUGUCACCAGCAUACCAUAAGAUGUGUUUUACUGGCAUAGCCUUAUACUCUAGUCAUAAAUACUUGUGCCCUUUCUAGGUCUGAACAUAUGAUAAUGAGAGAGGAACCUGUUAAUUUUGGUGGGAGAUGCCUGUCCUCCAUCACCUCCUUCCUCUGUGUCCCUAUUUCCAGCUGCCUCCUGCUGAACAGGGAUCAGACAGAAGUGCUGGUAUUUGUAGAGAGCAAUUAAAUAUUUGCCUCAAACUUGGUGCAGAGUUAGACAAAUGCUGCACUUCAUAGGUUAGAGCUAGGUGGGACCCAGGCUUGGGUUUGGAGCUGCUCUGCUCCAAACUGGGAAGUCAGGAGAAGGGAGAGAAGGAUCCUGAGGCAAUCUCCACUGGCUGAACUCAGUUCACGUGUUGUGUCUUAAAAGAUUGACCUGUGUAAGCAGCAAUCAGUUUAUGGCCAACAUGAAGUUGCCUCAUGACCUCAUUUGAGCUGUUUAGGGGUUUAUUUUGAAUUUUUUGUCUUUAGAAGCAGGGAAUUCUUGCUGCAGAAUGUGUAUUAAUCCUGGGGAGCAUAUGGUGGGAGAAUGUCAGCGAGGGGGGAGCAGAAUCUGAAAGGUUGGGAAUAAAUAAAUUCUCCUCUCUGCCCUGGAGUGUUGGGCCCUGGUGACACCAGAGGGGAGACCAUAAAAUGCACCAGAAAAUCUGUCCCCUUCCCCACACCAGUGAGAGAUGGAGAGUUCUUAAAGGAAAAUAAUUAAGAAAUUAAGCCUAAUUAAGAGAAAUAAUUUAAAUUAUUUUAAGCAAAUAAAUUUCAAGCUGGGCUUUCUGGCAGAUGAAGCAACAAAGAGCAAUGUCCUUUGGUUCAGGGGGUAUCAGUGAAUGUGGGUUUCGUGUAUUUCUAGUGAGGUUUUUAGAGAAUUCCAUUUUAAGCAUUGAUUUCCAAGCCUGUUCUGUACCAAUAAAUGGAAAAGGGAUGCAGGGCUGAAGUGUUCUCUUGGAGAAGACUUUAUUCCACAAGGGAAAUUUACCCCAACUCCUAAGGCACAAUAAUUUAUGCCAGCAUGAAUUUGCUGCAAACUUCAUUUACUGAAUGUUUUAGAGCAUAAACUUUAAUUUCAGCUAACUGUUGUUAGGCCUGAUUGGUUCUCCUAUUAAUCCUGACCAAACUUUACUUUUCCCUCUUAAAAUAUGUGUUGGAAACACAAUUAACUAGGACACAGCUAACAAAGAUACAAAACCUGUUUCCUUUUUUUGUUGUAGGGAUGAGAGAAUUCACAGCUGGUACUAGAAUGUGUUGUCAGGUUUUGAUUUUUCUACCCAUAACUUCAUUAUUGCAAAUUAAUUUGUAAUUUCUCCCUUUUAAAUAGUGAAACAUAAUUAAUAAUUUCAAGCCUGUUUAUUUAUGACAUUAUUGUGAUUUUUUUUUAUUACAGUACUAAAGACUAAUGAAAAAGGAUCCUCUUAUUAGGUGGAGUAGACCUUACAUUUAUUUUUUUUUCCUGCAAUGUAUGAAGUAUUGUACCAGAGUAUUAAAUGAAAUGUAAUAUUUUAUUGAAAAAUUUCUAUCCUUUAAAAGGAAUACAUUUAGGAUGUCAUCAAUUUGAUGUGAAUCAUGUAAAUGUUGAUAAUGAGCUGUUUAUUCUCCAUCUGGUGUUUCAAAAGACUCACUUCUUGCCUUUUGCCCACGUACAGUCUGUAGAUCAUUUACCAUUGUCAAAAUGUGACAUUAAAAUAAUAGUUCCUGUAUAGAAA